CAAAAGUGGCCUGGAGUAUUUCGAUAAUUGAUAACAGUCGCAAUUUUGAAUGAAAUGUCGUAUAACAAUGAAUGUACUGUUUUUUUCUAAUCAGUAAUAACGUGUAUCAUAUGGAAAAUGGUUGUUUUUUGGAGAAAAAUCAGUUAUACCCUCUUAAUGAUAUGUUCAGUGGAUCUCUUGGCCACUUCAGGAGAUAUCACGAUGUCCUGGACCUCUCCCAUGUUAACGAAGCUGAACUCCACCGACAGCUCCAUUAACCCUUUGUCCAGACGAAUCACCGACAACGAAGGAGCAUGGAUAGGAUCCCUCAUCAACAUUGGAGCUAUACUGGGCACAAUACCUAUCAGCUAUCUAGCAGAAAAAUUCGGCAGAAAAAUCGCUCUCCUCUGCAUAGCGGUACCCCACUUCACCUCAUAUUUAUCAAUGGCCAUCGUGAAGGAUGUGAACAUAUAUUAUUUCGGAAGGCUAUUUGGAGGAAUAUCAGUAGGAGCAGGAUACAAUUUACUUCCGAUGUAUAUAGCGGAGAUAGCCCAAGAAAGUCAAAGAGGACCGUAUUCUGUCACUUUGGGAAUAUUUUGGGCUUUUGGCAACUUCCUCCCGUACCUCAUCGGAUCGUUUCUCUCAGUUUUUUGGUUCAACUUCGUCCUGGCUUUGUUUCCUUUAGCGUUUUUCAUAUCAUUUUUAUUCUUGGGAACGGAAACUCCUUAUUACCUAGUUAAAACGGGCCAGUUGGACAAAGCCGAGAAGGUCCUCAUGCUUCUCAGAUCCUCAGGCAAGGACGAAGUGGCAGGUGAGCUCAGUCACAUCAGAACUACGCUCGCCAAUGAAAAACAAGGAAAUCUGCUGGAUGUCCUCAAAAGCUCUGGUCUGAGAAAAGCAUUGAUCAUUUCUGUUUCCCUUCUGGCCUUCCAGCAAUUCUCUGGCAUCAACGCGAUCACUUUCUAUCUCCAACCGAUCUUCGAAUCGUCAGGUACAGAAAUACCUUCGGACAUAGCUUCGCUUGUGGUAGGGGCGUGCCUAUUUUCCUCCAGCCUCGUGGGUCCUUAUGUCAUUGACAAGUUUGGUAGAAAAACUCUGAUGAUUUCUUCCUGCAGCAUUAUGGCACUUUGCUUGAUUUCAAUGGGAGCUUUUUUCUUCAUCAAGGAAAAGACUUCUUUGAGUACUGAGCCGAUAUUCUGGUUACCAAUAACGUCUCUGGUCCUGCUGAUCCUAGUGUUCCAAAUUGGAGUUGCUGCGGUACCUUGGACAAUAUCUUCGGAAUUGUUUCCUAGUGACUUGAAGCAACUUGCAGCUUCCGCUACCACUUUCAGUUGUUAUUUUACUUCUUUUAUUAUAACCAAAUUCUUCACCGAUAUGACCACUGCUCUUGGAACUGGGGAAACAUUUUGGUUUUUUGCAGUUUUCAGUAUACUUUAUGUCAUUUUCACUCUCUUUUGUGUUCCGGAAACUAGAGGAAAAACGUUCAUGGAAAUUCAAAAUAUCUUAAGAAAAACUUCGAUUGUACCUAGUAGAAAUAAUUCCAUAUUGUAGAUGCAGACAAAUUCGAGAUUCAGCAUGGGAAUCCCGAGAGCAACAAGAGAAAGAGAGAAUGAGAGAGAGUCGGUAGAAAGAUUGUUAAGUUGCCUAUAACAUUGUACUUUGUAUAUAUUGUUUUGUUAUACAAACAUUGUGAUAAAAGUUCUAUUUGUA